AUCUGAGCGUAACAUCGUCGGUGGCCGCGGGACACGCAAGAUGAAUCUCUACCAAGCUGUGCGAGAUACCCUCAGAUACUUGAAGUUCUCUCUAUACGGGAGGUGUGCUGACGGCAUCGAUAUUGGACUUACAAGGGAUGAUAGUGCUGCCAUGUUUGGUGAGGAUAUAGCAUUUGGCGGAGUUUUCAGGGUUGACUAUAUAUUCCCCACAUUUGAUCGGAUUCGUCCCACUUCUCAAACUUCGUGAUUGAACUUCAACCCGUCAACUUAGGUUGUGAACGAACUGUAAAGUUUCGAUGCCGUUCAGGUGGCCACUUCUCUAUCAGCGUGCUAGCCGUGCGUACACCAACCAUGGCCGUAGAUCGUAUCUGGC